AUGAGGGAAACGCAACCAUACGCCAUCCUGUGUCUGGCCGUGUCGGGUCUCGUGAUGGUCUGGACGCCGCCUGCGCUGGCCUCCGUGGUGACCGACUUCAACCACGCCGAGCGCUGCAAGGACUCCCUGUACAUGGGCACGCCGCCGCGGGGCUACCUCAGCCGCGACCUCAAGAAGGUCUGCCAGCGCUACGAGGACAAGCCGCGCUACGUCACCCUCUACGACUCCCAGAGGCGCGUCCCCGUCUACUCGGCCUACAUCUUCAAGAAAACCGACGGCGGGAAGACUGUGGACAUGCCCUGGAUGUUCGAGCCUCAGCUGUCAUCGGAAAAAGGCACCAGCAACAUGGAGGCCUUCCCGCAGUCCGCCAAGAUGCACAAGAACUUCGAGGACACGCAGGCGAUCCUGGAGGACUACGCCGACGUGGUCCAGUACGAGCGUGUCCUCCUGAACCCGGACGAGCACCAGUCGGACCCGGAGGACAAGGCGGCCACCUACACGCUCACCAACGUGGUGCCGCAGCUCCGGGAGUUCAGCACGGGCCCCUGGGCCAAGCACAAGGACACCCUGCGCCGCCGACUCAACAACUUCUGCCGCGGCACGGCUUACAUGAUCACCGGGGUGACGAUCUCGGGUCACAUGAUCCGCCGAGAUAACCUGGACCGCGUGGCCGUUCCCGAGCACUUGUGGACCGCCUACUGCUGCCCCGAUUACGACCGCAACGCCCCCUACGCCGAGCGCUACAAGUUCCCAGCCUACGCAGCGUUCGGCCUCAACGACCGCGUCAACAACCACAUGCAGGAGCUCUCCAUCAAUGACCUGCAGAGGUUCUUGAAGAACCACAUGGAGGUUGACAAGAACUUCCAGAUCUUUUAUAAUGACUGUAUUCCAGAUUCGUGAUGGGCUGUAGAAUUCCUCUAGCUAGUUUUUGGUCCUGAUUCUUCUUAUUAUUCCUACAUUUGGCAAUAAAGUAGGAUACACCUAACAACACAAAUAACAAAAUAGUUGGUGUGUUUAGAAAGUAAUAUUAGCAUAAACGUUGUGUAACUGAAAUAGCGCAAAGUAUUCAAUUAUUGUCAUAAUUUCAAGGGCAAAAGUCCACCUCCUUAUACUUAGAAAAUACUGUGACUAGAUGUAGCUUAUAUCAUCGGUUUGUCCACUUGACUUAAAAGUGCAAUUGGACUAUUUAUUGGAAUGUAGACAAAGAAGGUGCAUAUUCAUAGCCGUUCAUAAGCUCUUAAAUUCAAUAUAAAAACUACAAAACAAUCUCUUGAAAUAAUGUUUCAUUUCACUUUGUUUUAUUUUCAAUCAUUCAUUCUCUUUUCUUAGUAAUUCAAGAUAAUCUAUUUAAGAUUGAAGUGUAUACACUUAAUAUCCAUAGGGUUCCGCAUUCAAGGAGCAAAACUUCCAGAAAAAUCCAUGAACAUGAGAGUGUGUGCUGAACUAUACUGUAUUGAAUGUACUGUAGGUCAAUAGAUAUUCUAUUAUGUUUCAGGACAAUGCUG